AUUUCAACGCGGAAUUAUCUGUAUCAACUUUACCUUCGUUUUACCUUUUUUAAUGCACAUGACUGGCAACGGCCUAAUAUGCAAUGUUUGGGGCCAGCGCGCGAUCAAGCCUCGGCGUCUUGCCGCUGAUUUCUAGGUCGCAGGCACUGCCAAGAGCGCAUCAAUGGCUCAAGCCAAGCAUCCAGCAACGAUUUCACACGCCUAUAAGAAACUUUUCGACGUCGCGGGGGCUGUAUGAGGACGGGUCGAAGAGGAAAUCGAAGCACUUGCACGAAAAAGGCCAGGAGGCGGAUGAGGAAGAUGGCAGACGCCAUGGAGCGCAGAAAAAGGCUGACGACAGGCCCUGGCACCGAUUGAGCGGCAGCAAACAGUACAAAGAGACGUCGCCAGAUCCAUCUGGAGGAGACGAGUCAAAAGGACGGGUUCUUACAACGCCGACUCGCUUGUUGAAGCUCAUACUGCCCAUUCCAUUCCACCCCGAGCAGGACACGAUUAAUGAAUCGGAAGACGAAAGCUACAAAAAAAAGGGAGAAAGGGUAGAGCCGCUGGCGCUGCUGGUGCAUCCCCAGCAGCCGCUUUCCUACCUUGAGCGGUUGAUACAGGCAGAGAUACCUCCAUUGCUGGUCCGUGGCCGCGAAAAGCUGCCUGAUAUCAUCUUUCGAGCUGAGGCCGAUCACCAGGAGUUCCCAGGGAGAUCGGGAGAACGCGGCAAGAGCAAUGUGGCGACGUAUUCAGGACUGGGCCGCGAGGGUCCCACAAAGGACAAGGAGGCGAACUGGGUUCGAUGGAGUGGCAGCACCGAGGUUGGAGACUUCAUUCGAGAUGCAGCCCGUGGGCGCGAGUUUGCGAUUAAUAUCGAGGGCUUCAACCAGGAGCUUCGUGUGGCGGUGCCCAGCUUCAAGGAUCGGACGUAUUACAUGCGAUUGCAGCUUCGGCGGAUGUCGAAAGACAUUGACCAAAUGAGUAAAAUCAAAUCCGAGUGCGAUCUGUUGGCGCACAAGGGGGCGCACCGCUUGGCCCAGGGAGGCUUCGCGGCUCUCGCCGGCUGGUGGGGGGUUGUCUACUAUGUGACGUUCCAUACCGAGUUUGGAUGGGAUCUGGUAGAGCCGAUCACGUACCUGGCUGGACUGGCGACUAUCAUGGGUGGUUACUUGUGGUUCCUGUUCAUCAGCCGAGAUCUGAGCUACAAGGCCGCGAUGAACAUUACGGUAUCACGGCGGCAGCAUGCGUUGUACCAGGAGCGAGGGUUUGAUCCUCAGAAGUGGGAGCAUCUGGUGCACGAGGCGAACACGCUGCGUCGAGAGAUUAAGGCCGCGGCGGUGGAGUACGGCUAUGACUGGGAUGAGAUGAAGGAUCUGGGAGGAGAGGAGGUGAAGGAGAUAUUGGAGAAGGAGAGGAAUGGGAAGAAGAAGGACAGAGAUGACGAUGACGUUGGAGUUGACGACGAGACGAUACAGCAGUCGAAGAAGACCAGAGAGGAGCCAAGCCGGAGCUAAGGGCGGGUAUCUUUGGAGCAAAGAUUUGAUGUUUUUUAUAUGGAUCGUACAUACAAUAUCAUGGCGUUUGGCAAAUGUAGAUGCGAGCGGGGAUUAUAGUCGAGAGCAUAGAUUAGUAGAUGAGCGGACAAGCAACGAGCAGAGAGCACAUCAACUUUGAAUAGGGUUACAUCCAACGAGCAGUUUCCUCCGUACAAGUAGACGAAAUAGACAUGACUCGUCACCAAUAUUUGCCGGAUCAACGACGCGGUCCGCCCAGCCGAAUGGGCCUAUUUGCUAGUGUGCCACCAUCGGCUGUCUGGGAGCGUCUAAUUCGGUAUAAAGAGGCAGUGGCGCAAGACUAUUUGCGCUGGUCAGGCCACAGCAGCUCGUUCGGUUAUGUUUGUUUGCUG